AUGUUGUUGCUUUUACUUGUACCCAACUUGGAGAAACCAUCCACUUCUGAUGCUCCUUCCAACAAGAAGAUUGAAAAUGCCAACUUGAAGUCAAAUGCUAAAUCUUCCAACAAAUCACCACCAUUGAUUUCAAAAGAUAAAUCUGAACACAUGGAGAAUAAUAACAUGACACAAACACAUAAGAUUUCAAGCGAAUUGAACAACAUGACCAUGAGUGGCGAAUCUAGAACUUCCAAAAAUUGCAAACAAGGGUUGGGCAUGUGGAUUCUGGAAAGUCAACACUUUCAGGAAGGCUGCUACACCCUUUUGGGACAAAUAUCUCAGACACAAAUGCAUAAAUUUGAAAAGGAGGCUAAAUUACAGGGUAAAGGUUCGUUUGCUUAUGCAUGGGCAUUAGAUGAGAGUGUUGAAGAACGAGAAAGGGGAUAA